AGUGCCGAGGCUGCGCCGGGCCGGCUGGGAGCCGAGCGGGUUUCCGGGAGGAGCCGAAGCGGGGCCGGAAAUCGCCGAGCGUUGCCCGAGGGCGCCCGAGCGGAGCCGGGGGCAGCCGAGCGCGCGGCGGAGGUUGCCGAGCCAGAGGGGAAGGCGCCGCCGCGGCCUGCAGGACGAGCUGGGCCAAGCGAGCGGAGCGGGCCGAGUCGGAGCACACCGCGCCGGGGCCGAGCGUAGCGGAGCACACUUGGGGCCGGGCCGGGCCGCCAUGUCCGACUUCGACGAGUUCGAGCGGCAGCUCAACGAGAACAAGCAAGAACGUGACAAAGAGAACCGCCACCGUAAGCGCAGUCAUAGCCGCUCCCGGAGCCGUGACCGCAAGCGCCGCAGCCGCAGCAGAGACAGGCGCAACAGAGACCAACGCAGCGUCUCACGGGACCGUCGGCGACGCAGGUCGCCACUAAGCCUCUCGGGUCCCUUGAGCCGCUCCCCCAGGCAUGAGAAGAAGAAGAAGAUCCGCAAGUACUGGGAUGUGCCACCACCUGGCUUCGAGCACAUUACCCCCAUGCAGUACAAAGCCAUGCAAGCCGCGGGUCAGAUUCCAGCUACAGCUCUCCUCCCGACCAUGACACCUGAUGGACUGGCUGUGACCCCUACCCCGGUCCCGGUUGUUGGCAGCCAGAUGACCAGGCAAGCCCGGCGCCUCUACGUGGGAAAUAUCCCCUUCGGCAUCACUGAGGAGGCCAUGAUGGAUUUCUUCAAUGCACAAAUGCGCCUUGGAGGUCUGACCCAAGCACCAGGCAACCCUGUCCUGGCUGUACAGAUCAACCAGGACAAGAACUUUGCAUUCUUGGAGUUCCGAUCAGUGGAUGAAACCACUCAGGCCAUGGCGUUCGACGGCAUCAUCUUCCAGGGCCAGUCACUGAAGAUCCGUCGUCCCCACGACUACCAGCCUCUGCCUGGCAUGUCGGAGAACCCCUCAGUCUACGUGCCUGACUCACUCAGGCAUCCCCGCGUCUGCUGGGGAGCUCUCACCCCUUUCUCUGCCUCUCCGCUCGCAGGCGUGGUGUCAACGGUGGUCCCAGACUCUGCUCACAAGCUGUUCAUCGGAGGCUUGCCCAACUAUCUUAAUGAUGAUCAGGUGAAGGAGCUGCUCACGUCCUUUGGGCCCCUGAAGGCUUUCAAUCUGGUGAAGGAUAGUGCCACCGGGCUGUCAAAGGGCUAUGCUUUCUGCGAGUAUGUGGACAUCAACGUCACUGACCAGGCCAUCGCUGGACUAAAUGGCAUGCAGCUGGGCGACAAGAAGCUCUUGGUCCAGAGGGCCAGUGUGGGAGCUAAGAACGCCACGCUGAGCACAAUAAACCAGACCCCAGUGACGCUGCAGGUGCCUGGGCUGAUGAGCUCGCAGGUGCAAAUGGGUGGGCACCCCACUGAGGUGCUUUGCCUCAUGAACAUGGUGCUGCCUGAGGAGCUGUUGGAUGAUGAAGAGUAUGAGGAGAUUGUAGAGGACGUGCGUGACGAAUGUAGCAAGUACGGCGUAGUCAAGUCCAUUGAGAUCCCCCGGCCUGUCGACGGUGUUGAGGUCCCCGGUUGUGGCAAGAUCUUUGUGGAGUUCACGUCUGUCUUUGACUGCCAGAAGGCCAUGCAGGGCCUCACCGGUCGCAAGUUCGCCAACAGAGUGGUGGUCACAAAGUACUGUGACCCGGACUCCUACCACCGCCGUGACUUCUGGUAGCCCAGCGAGUGGGUGGGCGGGGGGCUCCGACGCUCCUUUAGCAGCGUAGCGUGUUUAUAUUUUAUGGCCAAAACCAUUUUUUUCAACUUUUUUUGGGGGGGGGGGGGGGUGUUUGUUUUUUUGUUUUUCCUUCUCCCCAUCCCCUCAAAGAAGAGAUAUUUCUGCCCUGCCUUCUCCCAGGCUCCGUGGCCGCCCUUCUGCGAUGGUUACUCUGUAGUAGAGAUGGUGUCUCUCUUCCCUUCUUUCUCUGCUCUCUCUCUUUCUUUCUCUUUCUGUGGCGUUUUCAUAUUUGCUAAGGAAGAAUGUCCUCAUUUGAGUCCCCUCCGGCCUUUUUGUUGCAUCUCUCUCCCUUCGGUGUGUGUACGGAUUCUUGGUUUUUUUCCCCUCCCAUUUAUUCCCCUGCCCUCUCAUCGUAAUUAAACAGUUUUUCCAAUCUC